UGUAAUGGAGGUCAAAUAUUGUUUGGGUGUUAGUGAAACAUAUUCCAAAAUGGAAGGUGAGGCCCUGUAAUACAAUCUGGCUUGGAAGAUAGUUUAGCGAAAACAACGGUAAGAACCAACCUUUGAAAACAAAUGAAUGGCCUCUCUAAUUUGGUGUUGUUUGGGCUUAGGUUUCUGCCUCUUCCUUUCCCCCUCCGCUUCAUGUCAAGCCCUCCCUCCUCCACGACCACCGCGAGUGCCACCCCUUCCCGCACUCGCAACCGCAACCGCAUCUCUUCCAUCUUCUCCUUCUCCUGGAUUCGACCUCUCAAACGCUCCAAAACCGCCGACAAACUCUACAAAAAAUACGUCCGAUCCUAUAAACUCAAAUAACCACCACAUUCUCCCAUGCAAAUAUGCAAUGCAUCCAAUAACAAUUUUAUUGGGUGCAUUGCAUCGCCAACUAUCUUAUUCCUAAUCCAUAUAUCCUUCAACUGAUAUAUACAUAUAGAAAUUAGAAAAGAUGUCUCAAAUCUUGGCACCGUUCCAGUUACUGGAACUGAACGUGAUUUCAGCCCAAGACCUGGCCCCAGUGAGUCGCAACAUGCGAACCUAUGCGGUCUCAUGGGUUCACCCAGAACGGAAGCUCUCAACGCGCGUUGACACGGAGGGCCACACCCAUCCAACGUGGAACGACAAGUUCGUUUUCCGCGUUGAUGAAGAGUUUCUUUAUUCAGACACCUCUGCUAUCAUGAUCGAGAUCUACGCGCUACAUUGGUUCAAGGACAUCCAUGUUGGUACUGUCCGCGUACUCGUUGGAAACCUCGCCCCACCACCGUCAAAACCCUUCCACAACAACCGCACCCCGCUAGGCAUGCGCUUUGUUGCGCUCCAGAUGCGCCGCCCCUCCGGCAGGCCGCAGGGGAUUCUAAACAUCGGCUUCACCGUCCUCGACAGCUCCAUGCGCAGCAUGCCGCUCUACACUCACAAUGCCUCCGCAGUCGGGUAUCGCCACUUGAUGGGAGAGAAAGAUGCUUAUGACAGCCACAACCACCUCAGCCCCCGUGUCCGUGCCGCCGCCGCUGGCGCCACGCCGAUGCCUGAGCUGCGUCGAACCAAGAGCGACACCAGCUCCAUGCUCGGUGCCACUGAAGUUGUGGCGCGCCACCACCAAGCUGUGGCAGGAGCCAACUCUUCCAUUUCGGGAUCCGAGGUUAGCGUCAAGAGGAAGAAGGGGAAGAAUAAGAAAAUGAAAACCAAGAAGAGUAGCUCUGUUGUGAGUAGCGUGAAUGAAAUAAAUUCGGUUCUCAGCGAGACCAUUUUGCCAUGGAAGGUUAAAAGCGGAAAAGCUAGUCCCGAUGAUAUUGUCCACAACCACAACGACGUCGUUGAGGAGGUUCACUAUGAUGAUAACGAGAACGCACAUUCAACCAUUAACUCCAUCUACGAUAAGGAGGAAGAAGAACACAUUCAUGUUAAUAACAACGUUCAAUAUGAAGUUUGCGCCUCCCCAAAAUCACAGUUUCAAAACCCACCGGCAUCACAAUAUAAGAAUUCUCCGACACCACAGUAUAUGAACUUGUCGAAACCACAAUUUAAGAACUCUCCGACACCGCAGUAUAUGAAUUCUCCGACACCGCAUUAUAAGAAUUCUCCUGCAUCACAAUUUAAGAAUUCUCCCACGCCGCAAUUUAAGAAUUCUCUUCCACCACAGUUUAAGAAUUCUCCAAUGCCGCAGUAUAAGAGUUCUCCGGUGCCACAAUUUAAUAAUUCUCCAGCACCACAAUUUAAAAACUCACCAGCACCGCAGUACAUGAAUUCGCCGAAGCUGCAAUUUAAGAAUUCUCCGAUGUCGCAGUAUAUGUCAACUCCAAAGCCUCAAUUUCGGAACUCACCGGCAGUGGGGGUGCUACAGUAUCGUGCCUCGCCGGUGGUAACGAAGUUCAACCCGAUGGUGGGGUUCAACGGGUCGCAAAGGGGGACGCCAAUGCAUCCAUUUGGGAAGGUUAACAACGGUGGGGGUUUUGAGUACAUGACGCCACGGAGGUCAAACUUGGCGAACAUGGGACAUGUGGUGAUAACGGAGUCGGAGUUGGGGCCAUCAGCGUCAGAGGUGGCGGCGGUGAUCGCACAAAAGCCAGUGAUCGAUGAGGCAGAGAAUUCAACAGUGGGAGGAUGGAGCUUGGACGCAGAGAGCAUGGAGGGGCUGGAGUCAAAGUUGGAGAGGUGGCAGACAAAGCUGCCACCGGUGAUCGACCACGGUGAGCUCUCGAGCUACCCAACGACGAGCACCACCAAGACGAACCGCCACUCGCGGAGGCACACCGACGGCGGGAGUAUUGGGAGUGGAAGUGGGAGUGGCUUGUUCUCAUGCUUUAGUAACAUUUGUGGUGUUGAGUGCUAUGUUGGUUGCGGCGGUGACCCUAAAGGAAAGAAGAACCGCAUCCGCAGCCGCCGCCGCACUCCUUCCGCCGAUGACAGUUCUAGCCUUCUCUGACGACCCACAACCAUAUGUAUGGUGGAUCGAAAGUCAACAACUACAACAUGAGAAUAACGGUGGCAAAGGACUAUGUUGUAGUAUUAUUCAUUCUUUGUUAUUCCAUUUAUUUUUAAUACUCUUUUGUCAUUGUAAGGUAUCUGAGUUUAAUUUAUUGGGACUCCACAAUACAACAUAAGGCUAUACACAUAUUUACUUAUCUCUCUCUGUUUUCUUUAGUUGUAGUAGAUCAUAUGAAUCUGAUGUAAGUAUUUUGGUACAUGUUCAGGUAUAUCUUGCAAACAGACGCUGGUG